GCCGCGGGACCCUCCCGCCGCGCCACGGCCGGGGCUGGAGCCCAGAGCAGCCGGGGAGAGGCGGGGGCUGCAGUCCGGGGAUCCGGGCGUCUCUCCUCCCUGCGAGCCCAGCCUCCGGCCCCUGCCCGGGCGAGCCGCCGCGAGGAUCGCCGACCUGCUGCGCAGAAACGUUUGCCAUGUAAAGCUUCCCAGCCCCAACGGACCCAGAUGUUGGUACAGACUCAGAGUUGCAGAACGGUGCAUGGGAGAAUGGUAGAGUGACCAUAAGAUCAUGCUCUACACAAUGACAUGUUGGCUUCCAAUCCUGGGCCUCCAUUGGAUUCUUCUGAGCACAGCCCCCAUGGAGGCCUGCCCGGCACGCUGCGAGUGCGCUCCUCAGAUCAAGUCCGUGGUGUGUCAUCGCAAACGCCUCACCUCCAUCCCCGAGGGGAUCCCCACUGAGACCAAGAUCCUGGAGCUCAGCAAGAACCGGAUCCGCUGCCUGAACCCAGGGGACCUGUCCCCUUACCCUUUGCUGGAGGAACUCGAUUUAAGCGAGAACAUCAUCGUCAGUGUGGAGCCUGGAGCCUUCAGCAACCUGUUUCACCUUCAGAUCUUGCGGCUCCGAGGCAACCAGCUCAAGCUGAUCCCUUCUGGAGUCUUCACCAAGCUGACCAAUCUGACCCUCCUGGACAUCAGCGAGAACAAAAUAGUCAUCCUGCUGGACUACAUGUUCCAGGACCUGAGGAACCUGAAGAACCUGGAGGUGGGAGACAACGACUUGGUGUACAUCUCCCAACGGGCUUUCUCUGGCCUCCUAGGCCUGGAGCAGCUGACCAUAGAGAAAUGCAACCUGACAGCCAUCUCGGCCGAAUCCCUUUCCUACCUCCAAAACCUGGAGGUCCUGCGGCUCCGACACCUCAGCAUCUCCACGGUGGAAGAUGGGAACUUCAAGAAGCUCUACAAUCUCCUGCAGCUGGAGAUCGACAACUGGCCGCUGCUGGAGGACAUCUCGCCCACCAGCUUCCAGGGCCUGAACCUCACGUCGCUCUCCAUCACCUACACCAACAUCACGGCAGUGCCCACGGCUGCCUUGAGGAACUUGGUGUACCUCAUGUACCUGAACUUGUCCUAUAACCCUAUCAGCACUGUGCCCAAGGGCUCCUUCAAGGACCUCAUCAGGCUGCGAGAGCUCCACAUGGUGGGUGCCUUCUUGGUCUCCGUGGAGCCUCAAGCGUUCUCUGGCCUGAGGCAAAUCCGCCUCCUCAAUCUCUCCAACAAUUUCCUCUCCACCCUGGAGGAGAGCACCUUCCAUUCAGUGAACACGCUGGAGACGCUGCGUGUGGACAGGAACCCGCUGGCCUGCGACUGCCGCCUCCUCUGGAUCCUACAGCGCCGCAAGACGCUGAACUUCGACGGGCAGCAGCCCAUGUGCUCUUCACCCCCUGAGAUCCAGGGCAACGCCCUGCGUGACUUCCCAGACUCCAUACUCUUUGAGUACUUCACCUGCCAAAAGCCCAAAAUCAGGGACCGAAAGUUGCAGCACAUAACAGCCCGUGAAGGGCAGUCUGUCUCCUUCUUCUGCCGUGCAGACGGAGAGCCCGUUCCUGCCAUCAUUUGGGUCUCCCCUCAGCACAGGAUGAUCACCACCAAGAGCACUGGGAGAGCCACCGUCCUGCCCGGGGGCACGUUGGAAAUCCGCUUUGCCCAGGUCCAAGACAGUGGCACCUACAUUUGCAUCGCCAGCAAUGCCGGAGGCAAUGACACCUAUUUUGCCACCUUGACGGUCAAGGGGCAUCCCGUGGACGGCUCCCUUUAUGCAAACCGGACCUUGUACCUCAGCGAGUUCAACGACACCUUCCACAACAACACGCAAGUCUUCUUAAAGUUUACACUGGACCUCAAGACCAUCCUGGUCUCCACGGCCAUGGGCUGCAUCACCUUCCUUGGGGUCGUGCUCUUCUGCUUCCUGCUCCUCUUUGUGUGGAGCCGGGGGCGGGGACAGCACAAAAACAACUUCACCGUGGAAUACUCCUUCCGCAAAGUGGAUGGCCCCACCACCACCGCCGGGCAGGGCAGCGCCAGGAAAUUCAACAUGAAGAUGAUCUGAGCGGCUCCAGGAGGAGGGUGGUUCCUAGUCCACUGCCUGCCGCCAAAUGGGGCCCUCCAAGGGCCGGGCAGGGGGUCGGAUCACCCUUCCUUUGUUUUCCAAGUGAGCACUUCGUCUCGUCAGGUGGCUGCGCUCCCCUGAGGGUCAAGGCAGUAAAACUCACGGCGGAACCUGGCUGGGACAUUGGCUCGAUUCGACCGCAAGGGCUUGGAAGCGACUGGGAGGAGCGAGCGGUUUUCCUCAUUGGUCUUGCCACACAACUGAACUGAGGAGAAUCAUCGCUGGAAACGGCCCCAGGUGCCUCCCGGCGGCUUAUUCUCGUUUCUGAGCACACACCCCCUUCUUUGAGCUGUGAGACCCCCCCCACGCCCAGGUCCCAGAGGGCAAGAGCGGGUCAAGGAGGCAUGCACAGCCCUUGUGGGUCAGGGCCUCACAGUGGAGCUAACAUUCUUUUGUAUCAACUAUGCAUUUUUUAGACCAUGAACAAGCAGCGUCUGGGCCCGGAGAACCGGCUCCCUUUUUUAAGAGACGAUCUGGAACCCUUUCUCGGUUGUUGUUUGUGGUUCAUUUUUAAUUUGUUGGUUUGUUUUUUUUUAAUGAAUUUCCAACAGAAGUCUUCCUGUGCGACAAAGGACUCCCGCAGAGCAGAGUGAGGGCAGCUCCCGGCUGCCCCGGCACACGCUCCAACCGGCCUGGGUGGCUCGAUCCAACACGGGGAGGUGCUGUGCCUUGGACGAGUUCCUCUCAGCAUUCGGAAGAAGGGGAAGCCUCUGAAGCUUGCAAACCCCAGCGCCCGGGUGGGGGAUCCUCCUGCACAAGCAAUAAUAACCCAACCCGACAGUCCCUUCCGGGCGUACGGGUCUGUGCAGGCAUGAAUGCCAUCCCAUUGGCGCUGAGCGGUAUUUCACCAAAGCACACGGGCGUUCAAAGCCAGAGAACAGGCUGCUGGUUGUGGCGGCAGGAGAAACGGGACGCGCAGCCCCAGUGAGUUACGGCCAGGCCUCUGAAGGCUCAGAGCCUCGUUAGCUGCCCCACUUGUAUGUGUCUGACUCAGCUGAUGCUCUCCUGGGCUACAUCAGGCUCUCUUGUGCAUUCGCAGUGGCUACCUGCUUGUAGGCUGGGCCUGGCAGCAAAUUCUGCCAUGUUGGCAGGAGGCUGGGAGCUCUUACGGGGGGAGAGCCCGGCCCUACAUCUCGAGAGGCGCGGAGGAAAUCUCCACGGGUAAAAAAUGACACCACAUCGACUGCGUCUCUGGCUGCUGCUGGCCUCUCCAGUCUGUUCCAUCCCUGCUCCUCCC